GUCACCAUGUUCGUUUCCGACAUUAAUAAUCGAACGGUUGUACAGUUUAAUCGGCGUUUCAAGGGAGAGGGAUGGAGGCGUGCGUAGCUGCAUCAGAACCGGUCAUCAAGGUCGCUGCGCUUUGUGGGUCCCCGCGCAAGGCUUCCUUCCAUCGUGGCCUCAUCACCUCUGCAAUCCAGCUAUGCCGAGAGUCUAUCAAAGGGAUGUACAUCGAAUACGUGGACAUCGAGCCCCUUCCUUUCAUGAACCCCGACCUUGAGGCCGGCGGGACUUUUCCUCCGGUGGUCGAGGCGUUCCGUCAAAAGAUCCUCGAAGCCGAUAGCAUUCUCUUCGCUUCUCCUGAGUACAACUGCUCUGUCACUCCUCUUUUAAAGAAUGCCAUUGACUGGGCAACUAGACCUCCGAGCGUUUUGGCAGAUAAAUCAGUUGCUAUUAUAAGCACAGGAGCUUUGGGAGGCAGGUCGGCACAGCUUCAUCUACGCCAAAUUGGGAUUUAUGAUCUUCACUUCAUAAAUAAACCAGAAUUUGCUUUGAAUACAUUUGACCCUCCUAGAAAGUUUGAUAGUGAUGGGAACUUAAUUGACCCAGAGGCCAAAGAGAAGUUGAAGGAAGUACUUUUAUCAUUGCAGACACUCACAUUGAGACUUAAUCGUAACAUGUAUUAGAUGAAUUUGUAUUACUCAGACCUUGCCAAUGUUGUGAAAGUUGUUGUUGGUUUACCUAUCUCUUCAUCGCUUUGUCAUCUUUUAUCCAAGGUAGAACUGAUUUAACGUUCUACUUUAUUUAGUAAAGUCUUUCUGUUUCACUUCUGAUUGAA